GCAGGGCAGAGCAUCUUUCGUCCAGUGUUUCAUUCCUCCUUCCCCCCCUCCUCCCCCCGCGCUCCUUGAACCAUCUUUGUGUCCCUCUGAUUUAGAGAAGAACCAAACCUUUUAUAAAGUCCAGGCGUUUUUCUACCAACAAAGUUUACAAUUCUCCCCAGCACCGCGGAGCCCUCCUCCUCCGCCACCCAAGGGCUCCCCAGUCCAGCAGCAGCCGCGGACCCCACGCGCUUCCUUGGUCAAGGAAGAGAGCAACGUCGCCUACCGGGAACAUCGCAUCACUCGCUUCAGCAUGCCGGACAAGAAGUUCUUCGAGAACCUGUCGGGAGAAGGGAAAGCCAUCGGGGUGCUGACCAGCGGCGGCGAUGCGCAAGGUAUGAAUGCAGCAGUCCGUGCCGUAGUGCGUAUGGGGAUUUAUGUUGAAGCGAAAGUAUAUUUUAUCUAUGAGGGAUACCAAGGCAUGGUUGAUGGAGGUGACAACAUUGCUGAAGUUUCAUGGGAAAGUGUUUCAAGCAUCCUCCAAGUGGGUGGGACAGUGAUUGGCAGCGCACGCUGCAAACCUUUCCGGACCCGGGAAGGCCGUGUGAGGGCAGCCUGCAACCUGGUGAAGCGUGGAAUCAGUAACCUCUGUGUGAUUGGUGGGGACGGCAGCUUAACAGGUGCUAAUCAGUUCCGUGAAGAAUGGAGUGGACUGCUAGAAGAGCUGGCCAGAAGUGGCGAGAUUGACGACGAAGCUGUUAAGAAGCACGCUUACCUCAACAUUGUGGGAAUGGUUGGCUCCAUCGAUAAUGAUUUCUGUGGCACAGAUAUGACCAUUGGCACUGACUCGGCCUUGCACAGAAUCAUUGAAGUUGUGGAUGCCAUCAUGACCACUGCUCAAAGCCAUCAGAGGACCUUUGUCCUGGAAGUGAUGGGAAGACACUGUGGGUACCUAGCUCUUGUUAGUGCCUUAGCCUGUGGUGCAGAUUGGGUUUUUAUUCCUGAAUAUCCACCUGAGCAAGGAUGGGAAGAUCAGAUGUGCUCAAAGCUUUCUGAGAAUCGUGCACGAAAGAAAAGGUUGAAUAUUAUAAUUGUAGCAGAAGGUGCCAUUGACUGCCAUAACAAAGCUAUCACUUCAGAACAAAUUAAGGAUCUUGUAGUGCAGCGGCUGGGAUAUGAUACCCGUGUAACUAUCCUUGGCCAUGUUCAAAGAGGAGGCACUCCCUCUGCUUUUGAUAGGAUUUUGGCAAGCCGCAUGGGUGUGGAGGCUGUCCUUGCCCUUCUAGAGGCUACACCUAAAACUCCUGCCUGUGUUGUGUCCUUGUCUGGAAACCAAGCUGUCCGCCUGCCUUUAAUGGAAUGUGUGCAGAUGACCCAAGAAGUGCAAAAAGCCAUGGACGGAAGAAAAUUUCUUGAGGCUGUGCAGCUCCGUGGAAGGAGUUUUGAGAAUAACUUGAAUACUUACAAGCUAUUGUCUAACAAGAAAUCAGCUGCAGAGCUUCCCAAGACUAACUUCAAUGUAGCAGUUUUAAAUGUAGGUGCUCCGGCAGCGGGGAUGAAUGCUGCUGUUCGCUCAGCUGUAAGAAUCGGUAUAACUGAAGGACAUAACAUGUUUGCUGUCACGGAUGGAUUCGAAGGCUUUUCCAGAGGGCAGAUCAAAGAAAUCAGCUGGGGCGAUGUUGGGGGUUGGACUGGCCAAGGAGGGUCAAUUCUAGGCACCAAACGCACGCUCCCUGGAAAGUAUUUGAAGAAGAUUGCAGAACAGAUGCGUGCUAAUAACAUAAAUGCCCUCCUAGUUAUUGGUGGAUUUGAGGCCUAUGAGGGCUGCCUGCAGUUAACUGAAGCGCGAUCCCACUUUGACGAGUUUUGCGUCCCUAUCUGCAUGUUGCCUGCCACUAUUAGCAACAAUGUGCCAGGCAGCGACUUCAGUAUUGGCGCUGACACCUCCCUGAAUGUCAUUGUGGAGACCUGUGACCGAAUCAAGUUGUCAGCAAGUGGGACAAAGCGGCGUGUGUUCAUCAUCGAGACCAUGGGUGGCUACUGCGGGUACCUGGCGAGCAUGGGAGGCCUGGCUGCAGGGGCUGAUGUUGCGUACAUCUUUGAAGAGAAGUUUGAUAUCCGGGAACUCCAGGCCAAUGUGGAACAUCUGACUGAGAAGAUGAAAACCAGUAUUCAGCGUGGCUUGGUGUUGAGGAAUGAAAACAGUAGCGAGAAUUACACCACCGAUUUCAUUUACCAGCUGUAUUCUGAGGAAGGGAAAGGAGUCUUUGACACCCGAAAGAAUGUCCUGGGUCACAUGCAACAGGGUGGUGCCCCUUCUCCCUUUGAUCGAAACUUUGGGACAAAAAUAGCAGCAAAGGCUGUCCUGUGGCUUUCAAAGAAGCUGAAAGAAUCCCAUCAAAGAGAGGAAGGAAAAAUAUUUACCAACACUGAAGACACUGUCUGCCUCCUGGGCAUGCGACGGCGGAAUCUUGUUUUCCAGCCUGUGGGCCAGCUUAGGGAUGAAACAGACUUCGAGCACCGCAUUCCUAGGGAACAGUGGUGGUUGAAGCUCCGUCCACUGAUGAAAAUCUUGGCCAAAUACAAGACCAGCUACGAUAUUUCAGAUUCAGGCCAGCUGGAGCAUGUGCGCAGACCAAAACCUACAGAAGCCUGAGCUGAUGACCAAGGAGUUGUAAUGUUGAAGUCAUAAUUGCUCUCUGUUGUGUGUCUACAAUGCUUUGGAGUACUUGUUACAGCUUCUUUUUGUAACAUCUAAGUUAUUGUAUCAGCACUUUAUGUGGGGAGAAAAAGCAAAGUGUCACAGAAGUUUUCUACCAGGCAUUGUCUUAGGCUCCUAUACACACACAAAAACCUAGCACCUGACUUAAGAUAACCCAAUACCAAUGUGAUCCUUAGCAGUAACCUGUGCAAAACCGGUCUAUGCACUCAGUUAGAUGUUAUUCAUCUCUUGCACUUUUACCAGAGAUAAGUGUUUACACUCAAUGAACAUAGAGAGGCUUAGUUUUGUGUCAAAUAAAAUUUUAAAAAUGUAUGUAUACCCCCAAGUGGAAUAAAAUACUGUAUUACAAAUAAGGUUUGGACCAGUCUGUUACACAACCCAAUGUCUGCAACAGCCU